UCUCAAAUGCGUAUCUAUAUAUCUAGGCUUUAUUUAUAUGUAUAUAAAUAUUCCUGGAGAAAUUGAACUUCAAGCAAUGUACAGUUCGGUUGUUCAUAUAUAUAUGCUCUAGCUCUAGCUUUGUAAUUCUGUGCCUGUGUGUGUACAGGUGGACACUGUGUACAUUGUACAGUGUAUACCAAGUGUAUACUGUAUACAUCCUUUUAUUUAUUUAAUUUACUUAAAACAACAAAUAAGGAAACCACGGGAAACCAUGAAUGGAAAUGUAUUAGUAUUUCUUCUUGCCAUAUGUACAAAACAAUUUUAUGCAAUGAAGCCAAUUUUAAUAGUCCAUGGGGGUGCAGGUGACAUAGCCCAAAGCAGAGUGCAGGGCAAAUUGGAUGGGGUGAGAUUGGCUGUGAGAGAGGGCUACAGAGUGUUACAACAUAAUGGUAGUGCUCUUGAUGCAGUUGAAGCAGCUGUUGUAUCUAUGGAGAAAGAUGAAAAUUUUAAUGCAGGAUAUGGCUCAGUAUUGAAUCUGGCCGGUGAAGUAGAAAUGGAAGCAAGCAUAAUGAGCGGUGAAAAUCUUGAUGUUGGAGCGGUGACAUUAAUAAAAGAUUUUCUUCAUCCUAUUAGCAUUGCUCAUAAGGUUCUUACAGACUCACCACACUCAUUGAUUGGUGGACAAGGUGCUAAGCAGUUUGCUUUAGAUAAGGGCUUCCCAACAGUGCCCCAGGAAUCAUUAAUAAGUGAAAAUGCACAAGCUGCAUUAAAAGAGUUUUUGGAGAAUGGUGGUGAAUUUGGAAAGACUGAAGUUGGCAUUGCAGAAGGUGGUGUUGGAACAGUGGGUGCUGUAGCUAUUGAUGUCAAUGGUCAUAUAGCUGUAGCUACAAGCACAGGUGGCAUGACUGGUAAAGUGGUCGGUCGCAUUGGAGACACACCACAAAUCGGCAGUGGCACUUAUGCAGAUGACAAUAUUGGAGGUGUCUCUUCAACAGGUCAUGGAGAAUCAAUUCUAAAGGUCUGCUUGGCACAUAGCAUUAUAAAACUAAUGGAAAGUGGAGUUGAUGCAAACACAGCUACAAAAGAGGCGGUUACAGCUAUGACUUCUCGCUUGAAAAACACAGCUGGUGCAAUAACUUUAUCAAAGGAUGGUGAUGUCGGAGUAUAUUUUUCCUCAAAGAGAAUGUCUUGGGCUUACAUAAAAGAUGAUAAGUUAUUCUAUGGUAUUGAGCAGGGCGAAGUACUUGAAGAAAAUUAUGUGAAGUGAUAUUUAAAGGUUUAAAGAUACAGAUGUAUAUUUAUUACAUUUUAUUGUUAUUGUAUGAAAAUAAGUGAGAAAACGAAUUUACUAUUUAA